AUGGAGGGCGACAUCCGUGAGGGUGCUAAUCACUCCAGCUUGUCGCUGCCUCGAGGCCCAGGACCCGAGGGUUCGAGGCGGCGGCUAUUACUGAUUUACAUUCACGGGUUCAUGGGCUCGGAAGCUAGCUUUCAUGACCUUCCAGCGCAUGUUCACGAUUUGUUGACGAGUCUAUUGAGCGAUUCGCAUGUGGUUUACACUCGCAUUUAUCCCCGAUACAAGUCUUGGGGCGAGGCUGGGAUUCAAACGGCGGUGGAGCAAUUCAGCGCCUGGCUAGCACCCCAUGGGGCUGAGGAUCUGGAUGUUAUUCUGUUGGGUCACAGUCUCGGUGGGAUCUUGGCUGCAGACGUUGCGCUGUUGCAGCUCAAUGACCAGCCAAAACAUCGAAUUCUGGGACUGAUCAACUUUGACGUUCCCUUCUUAGGAUUACAUCCUCGCGUCAUUCCAACUGGAGUCCUUAGCUCCAUGCCGAAGAAGGACCUCGCGGCUGAAGAUGAGCUUGUUGGAGAACAGCAAUCGUUAGGCAUGGAGCCGGCCUACAAGCCCUUUACCCCUAGUCCGAAUUUCGACCCGCCAUUCAGGAAUGAUCACCGCCUGGUUCAGCGCGGCUUCUUCAAAGGCCUCAUGCAUUUUGUCAACAAGAAUACAGACAACCUCUCACGAUCAAUAUACGACCGCGUCGCGUCAACUUUUAGAUUUGCCGGCUGCGUCAAUAACUACUCCGAGCUUCGUCGGCGGUAUCGGCGUCUAGUGGAGCUGGAGAAUGCAGAGUUCAAAUCAGAGAGGGUCCGUUUUGUAAAUUACUAUACUGCAAGCACUGGGCGCAUUCCACGGAAGUCCAAGGAGAAGCCUACAAAAGAGAAAGAGCACAGUGAUCAGGCCAAGAACUCGAAAUCCCCGCCAUUGGAGGGAUCUGAAACCUGGAGUAUCUCCAGAGAAGAUCUCUCUGAAAAAGAUGAGAUCGCCAGCUCACUGAGCAACUUGGACCUCGAUGAACAGCAGCCAAUGUCCCAGAAGACGUCAAGUGUCUGUAGAGACAGCGAGAGCAACUCCGCGAAGAGCAGCACCGCUCCCGAAGAGCAAAGCAAGAAAUCACCAACUCCUGAUCCUCGUCCCCGAAUACAAAAAUCACUGCCACCACCAUUACCACCGCGGAAACCGCCCGCUUCAGACCAAAACAUGCAAGAUCUUGAACCUGAAGAAAUCAUCUUAGAUCGGUCAUCGAUUGAUAUCCCCAGCACUACUUCGUCUACUCCAAUCCCUCAGGAUAGUCAGAGCCUUUCGGGAAGCGUGUCUCUUACAAUUUCAGACUCUGGCCUCAGCUCAGAUGAUACCCAGCAGAAACUUCGCAAAUUCAUUCUCUUGCCUUCACACCAUUGGAAGCAUAACGACAAUGCUCACUGGAAUUCAGUCUUGAUGGAGGGUAUAGAUGAGGUGGAAGCACAUCAAUCUAUGUUCAUCCCGCAUGGCGCAAACUACGAUUACCUCGUCGGAGAUGUGGUCUCUUUGAUUGAGCAAUGGGUCCAAACCGAUCUGACCAGACGAUUGAUGCAAGAAAGCCUUGACUGA